CAGGAAAGCGCUGCUGGAUCACGAGCUGGGCUGUGUCCCAAAAGGCUGGCUCGUCACUCUCAUCGGGCGGUACAAGAAGAAAUGGGUGUGGCUGUAUGAUCCGCGCUCGGGGCUUCGCCACCAGAUCACGCUCCCGGCCUCGCUCAAGGGGACCUUUUACGAGGCGGUGGUCGUGGGUGGAUUCAUCUUCAUCGAGGCCGGCUGCGUCAACUGCGAUGACAACUUUUCGUCGAGGUACCUGGCCUGGAACCCGAUCACCGGCUUCGUCAAGGAGCUCUUCGUCCCCCAGGCCGGCUGCCUCGCGGUGGUGUCCACGAACCGCAGCCUCAAAGUCUACUCGCUCAAACCCAGCGGCGGUGGUGAAGAGAGCAAGAAGAUCUUGUCCGGCCUGGCGGGGUCGUGGCACAGGGUCGCCUUCCUCACUUACCGGAACCAGUUCUUCUUCGGACGCUCACGGCACAGGACAUGAUCACUUUCAAAAUCUCGGGAGUGGAGCUUCCGCCGCAGCUGGAGAGGAAGUGCCGGUGGGGGCUCAAGCUUCUCAACUCGGAGGGGAGCUUGCUGCUGCUGGUGGCAUGCACGCCGCUGAGGCGCGAUGGGAAUCGAAUGCAAGUGUGGAGGCUCAUCGAUGGCGCUCCUCCGGGGGCGAGGUGGGAGUUUAUCAGUGCGAUGCCGGAGGAGUUUUACGAGCUGGUGUUCCGGGGCAAGGUGACGCAGCACAACUGGAGGUGCGCGGCGGUGGAUCACCUGGUGUACGUCUCGAGCUCGCACCGCCGGGUGGAGCAGCAGGAAGGAGUGGUGGUGCUGGACUUGAGGACUUCCAGGUGGAGCAAGGUGGAGCCGGUUCACCACGAGAGGCAGCAUUGCCCGUGGUCGGCUCCCGCUGCGUUUUAUCCCUCGUUCGCUUCGCUGGACGACUCGGCCAUGCCUCCGCAGCCAAAGUUCUCACCGGAAGACGUUGGGACAAGCCAGCCGAGGCCGGCGUUUCUUCGAUCAAUGGCGAUAAGAAGAAGAAAAAAGAGUACACAAGUCUUAUCCUGCGAGUUGGAGAUGAACCGACUGCCUUUCAUGUCCAAGUGCUCGUUCUCCGUUGCGUCAAUCGGGUCUUGAUCGUCCUCGCCGUGAUUCACUUUAUUUUGCGACCACUGCAAAGAUGUCAGUUCAGUCCACCCUUUUCUUUCCGGAAAUUUUUUUCAUUCCUCUCGGUUCGCGUUUUGUUUACCAUUUCCACGAGUACUUUGUACUUGAGGUCCAUCAAGUUUAGCUUCUCCUUGAGGUUCUUCAUCUCCUGUUCUUGCCUGGCGUACUUGAUGAUCUCCCUCUCCUGUUUGAUCGUUAACAGUUUACUAUCCAUUUCGAGUCGAGUGGGUUUACCAGUGAGACUUUCUCCUUCCGGAGCCGUAGAACUUCCUCGUGCAUUUUUCCCGCGGCGGGCUCACUCACUGGAGAAACAGGAAGAGAUUCAGCGCAAGAAGCAAAACGAGAAUCGAUUUUUUCCUCCGACCUGGACACCAGUGGCCGUGAGAAUUGCACUGGAACUGCUGGCUGUUGAGAUUGAUCGUAAUCGGCUCGAGAGUGGUGUCCAGUUUCUUGACAUUCAUCACCUCGCUUGGAAUUUGCUGCUGCUGUGGCGAGGAAACUCUUUUUCUCAUCAAAUCUCUGCACAAAAAAUGUAAGAACCAGAGAAUCAAAUCUAUUAUGAAUGAAUGUUACUUGAA